AUGGGCUGUUCUACCGACUAUUCCCUUUGGUGUAGAGCAGACCUCGGCCACCACAAAUACCGACCGCCAGCCUCCGCCUCAGGCCCCGCCGGGGUCCCUCCGGUCAGUGAGGAGCCCCCACCUGUGUUGCCAUCCCCCAUACGUGGACCCAGCUGCGAGAGGCCGGAGUGCUACCAGGCAGAGCCGUCAGGCCUGCUGGAGUGUUACCAGUGCCGCUACCUGUGCACGGCCAGAGCUUGCUGCCAGCUGGUGGAAGUUCUGCUGACCAUGCUGAUCCUGAUCUGCAGCUCUGUGUCCUACAGCUCGACAGGCGGUUACACCGGCAUUCCCAGCUUGGGGGGCAUUUACUACUAUCAGUAUGGAGGGGCUUAUAGUGGCUUUGAUGGGGCAGAGGGGGAAAAAGCCCAGCAACUUGACACCCAGUUCUACCAAUUAAAGCUGCCGACUGCAAGGGCAGCGAUGGCUGUGGGAGGGGCCCUGAUGGCCUUCUCUUGCCUUCUGGUUUUGGUUGGUGUGCUGCGGCUGCCAUGGCAUUUCCCAGCCUGGCUGCUGCUUGAAUGCACCCUGGACAUAUUGAUUGCACUUGGCUUCCUGCCUGCUCUCUACUUCUACUUCCACCAUCUGUUGGAUGCCUACGAUUCUCCAGUGUGCAAAGAGAGAGAGCAUCUCUACCAAAGCAAAGGCUACCAAGGCUUCAACUGCAGUGUGCAUGGGGCAGAGAUAGCAGCUGGGCUCUUUAGCUGCAUUGCCAUUGUGGUGUUCUUGGUCAGUGCUGGCCUUGCUGUCAGGGGAUACAAAACAGUUCAUCAGCUGAGAGAGAAGCCAAUGCAGAUGUAUGAGUUUUAGGGUGGCUUGUGCAUACCCAAGCUGUCCUACCAGCUCCUCUCUCUCUGUGGCUGCAAGCCUGGACACCAGGAAGGGGCAGCACCGUUUUCCCUGGCUCAGGACAUUGCAUCUGCUCUGCUACAAUCAGAACACAGGACCAUGACCACAACAAGCACCCCUACCAUGAGAGAACAGCUCCAGCUAGAGCCAAGCCAAGCUGCUCUUAACCAGCCCUCAUAUUUAAAUCUUGUGAAUGUGAGCAGAACAGAUGCAUUCUUAGUUCCACAUCUGCUCCAUGGCUCUGCCUGUUAGCAGUGACUAGCUUACUGCUUGUGCUGAGCUCAGUAUCUUGGGACUAGAGGGGCCCCUCCAUCCCCUGAUCUGCAGAUGUCCCAGCUCUCUCAUUGGCCAUAGUCCUGUUCCUCCCAUACAAGGUAGAACUACCAGCACUUGGCAAGAUACCUUGUUCAUUAGCUAAGACUGAGCUUUUCACUUGACCUUAAAUAAGCACAAUGGGACUUCAUCUCUCCUCUCAUCACUGCAUA